AUGUUUCCGACAGGGUACAAACCACUACGGGUCGAAAAAAGUUGCUUCCGCCGACGAUCAGAAUCGGAGUGUGUCGGUGUGUUCAAUGUUCCAGUGAGAAUGUCUACUGGACAUUACACCAUGUUCUGCCAAAAAUGCGCUCGAAAGGCUAGACAUCCUCACACGAUGAAACGUUUCCGUGAAAGCGAUAGAACUACGUUUCUUCUUCAAAGACAUCUUCAACUCGUCUACUACAAUCAUAUCGUGUCGUGUGAAAGAGAAAUCUGUCUGGAACCGUGUCUGAGUCAAAGGGAAUAUCGUGUCCAUUUUGAUAGUUGUCCGUGUAGACCAAGAAGUAUUCAUGACAUCAUUGUGAAUGGAGAGGUUCGAUUUGAUGGGACAGGUGAGGGUUAUUUCAAUUGGGUGUGGGCAGGUUUUGGGAAUGUACAUAUUGGGCAAGCUGCACUUGAAGUUAUUCUGUUUCACUAUAGGGAUACAGUUGUAAGCGCUGGUCUACUGAAAAAGUUUGAGCUUCAUCUCAAAAUCCAAAGAGCCUUCGAGCUUGGACAAAUUUUGGACAUGACUUUGUUAAAAAUCGAUUUCUUCACAGGUUUCACCCACGAGGACUGUGUCGACUGUGGUCUCUACAUCACUUGUCUCUUUCUUCACGCAAACGACUGUAAGGCUGAGCAAUGUCCGGCACAAUGGUGUAACGAGAUGCGUGAAGUGUUUGAUAUGGAUUCCAAACAAAUUUGGCAGAUUUCGGACGAAAUGAAAAAGAAGGUGAAGGACGUAAUCAUUGCGGAAUGGAAGAAAGUUCGAGAACGGCAACAGGUGAUACUGGUCAGGGAUAUUGUGGAUGAUCUGUUGGCUCUCACUGUUUAG